AUUGGAGGAUUUCCCCCCCCCCCCCUUUACCUCAACAUUGCGUCGUGCAGUGGUUGUUUUGGUUAACAAUAUAGCUUCAAGAAAGCACGUAAACACGUUUAAAAUAUGGAAUUUCGGCCGAGUGAGACCCAACGCAGCGUAGCGGAGGAUUGCGGGACGCGUUAAGCGAAUGAUUUGACUAGUCUUCCUGUUGUAUUGCUCCGCAUGUUCCAUUUCUUCGUAGAUGGUCUCCGGAGAGCGUUGUCUGUUGGUGGACACAGAGUUGUCGACGAGUAACAUGAAGGAGAUGAUUGGAGGGUGUUGUGUUUGCUCAGACGAGAGAGGCUGGGCGGAGAACCCGCUGGUAUACUGCGACGGACACGGCUGCAACGUCGCCGUGCACCAAGCCUGCUAUGGCAUUGUACAGGUGCCCACUGGUCCAUGGUUCUGCAGAAAGUGUGAAUCUCAGGAGCGAGCAGCCCGUGUGAGAUGUGAGCUGUGUCCCCACAAAGAUGGCGCCCUGAAGAGGACGGACAAUGGCGGCUGGGCCCAUGUGGUGUGUGCCCUUUACAUACCCGAGGUGGAGUUUGCAAAUGUCUCAACUAUGGAGCCCAUCGUGCUACAGUCUGUGCCCCAUGAUCGCUAUAACAAGACAUGCUACAUCUGCGAGGACCAGGGCAGAGAGAGUAAAGCGGCCACUGGAGCAUGUAUGACCUGUAACAAACAUGGUUGCAGGCAGGCCUUCCAUGUCACAUGUGCCCAGUUUGCAGGGUUGCUGUGUGAGGAACAAGGAUCUGAUGCAGACAACGUCAAAUACUGUGGUUAUUGCAAAUACCACCACAGUAAAUUGAAACACAAAGAACGGGACAGACACAAACCCAAACACAAGAAGACCUCCAUGGAUAUGUCCCCCUCCCUUGUUCUUCCAAACAUCAUGGUCCCAGAGAAGACCUACAACAGCAGCAAUUCAGUGGGAGGGGGCCCACCUCUCCCCGCAUCCUCGCAGAAGCGACUGGAUGACGGUAACGCCCGUUUCACCAACGUCAACUUUCAGGAAGUGUCGUCCACUCAUUCUAUCGGAAGCUCCAAGGAAUGUCUUGCUGCUGAUCCCGGGAAGGGGGUGUCUGACAUGAAGAGCAAGAAGAACUCCAGUGGAAGUCAUGCGGUGGGGCCGAGGGGUGGCCGUAAGUCUCUCACCACCUCAGGGAAAGCUCUCCCCUCUGCUGUGGUCACCAUGGCAACCUCCUCCACAUCUGCCUCUGCCUCCACUGGGCCUUUCCACCAAGGGCUGCUGUUGACGAGUGCCAGCAAGACACUCUCCGCCCCCACGUCCUCUGAUUUCCUAACCUUCGCCGACUCCUCCUUGCGUCCGGGAAGUGUGACUUCCUUCUCGUCACCGCCAUCUUUCAGCUGCCUUGUCAAGCCGAGUUCGGAGGGUGGUGCUUCAGAGGGAACAACAAAUCUUUUUGGCUCUCUCGCAACGACCGCUCCUGCAGUGGGCGGGAAGCUCUAUGAGAAUUCCCACAGUCUCUCAGCCAGCGAGACGACAAGCCUCAGCGGCUCUGCUGCCUAUAAACGGCCACAGCCCUCCAACACCGGACCGGGAAUCGCUGGAGCGACCUCAGGAGUAGGGGAGGAUGGAGUGAAGAAGAAAAAGAAAGGCAACUGGCGCAACAGAUUUGGACCUUGCUUCACAACAGAGAUCAAGCCGCCAGAGUCGUCACUCUCCCUCACUCUGCCCACCACCUCUCCAGCCAACACCUCCUCUUCCUCUGCAGCCCUCCCUACAUCUUCCACCUCAACCCUCUCUGGCCGCCCUGGCUUAGCUUCCAGCGGUGGUUUAGGAAUGGGAGGAGGAGAGCGGGGUCUUGGGGUCGUAGGUGUUGGCAGCGGGAUUCAGAAGUCGCCCUCACUCCUCAGGAAUGGGAGUCUGCAAAGCAACAGCGGGCCAGGUGUCUUUUCCAAUGGCGAUGGGUCGUCGUUGUCGGGGCCUGGAGCUGUCGCCAUGGGCGGAGUCACCUCGGACCAACUGCCACUCACACCUUCGCUUGCCCCUCCUUCUCCUUUCACAGCCACCGCGCCCCUGACCAGCACGGCCGCCACACACGUGAGCGGCCUUCCAGGGUCAGUUUUCAACCUGGCUCCCUCACAUAUGUUUGGUAACCGGCUGAAUCCCAACUCUGCCAUGGCGGCGCUCAUCGCCCAGUCCGAGGCCUCGCCCGCAGUGCGGAUACGGAUUUUAAUGGAAAAAAUAUUUGUGCGUGUGUGUCUGGCUGUCUGUUUGUGUGCACACGUGCGUGCACGCACGCACGCAGAUCAGGAAGCCGGAGACACCAGCGUCAGUGUGCAGGGCUUCUCCAUAAGGGCUUCUCCCAAGACCACACCGCGCUCACCAAUUGGCGGCCUACAGAUCCGCUAUGACUCAUCGGGGUCGUUGCCGGGACCGGGGCUCGGGUUGCUAGGAGCCGGGGGAAGCGGCGGCGAGACGCUGCACCCGGUGGCCACCACGAUAGAGCAGCUCCUGGAAAGGCAAUGGAAUGAGGGGCAGAGCUUCCUGCUGCAGCAGGGCGCGCAGGGAGAUGUGGUGGGCAUGCUGAAGUCCCUCCAUCAGCUUCAGGAGGAGAACAGGAGGCUGGAGGAGCAGAUUAAAACUCUCACCAUGAAGCGAGAGCGACUGCAGCUUCUCAGUGCUCAGCUAUCAGUGCCUUUCACGCCCACCUCGGCCUCCUCUGAUGUUAAAGGAGGAGCCACUGACUCAUCUUUACCUGUGGCAGCUCAGGACAGUGCAUCAUGUGGUGGCCACAGCAGUAGCGGCUCCACGUCUUCCCUGUCAACCCCCCCCUCCCUUUCCCAAAGCCCACCUCAGCCGCAACUAAACGGUGUCAUCGCCGCAGGGACCGCUGGGCUGGGCAGCAUAUCAGGACUGAUGGGCACCUUCGGUGCCGGAAAUGCGCUUGGCGUGGGGGGUAUCGUUGGCGCACUGAACGGUGUGAUCCAGACGUCAGCGGGGACCGGAAGCCCGCACGCAACAGGAACUGCCAUCUUACCCGUCAAUAACAGCUCUGGAGCUAGUAAGCACAGUGCGGCGCGGCUCAGCUUGGCAGACCAGCAGAGGCUACUCCAGCAGCAUCAGCUCCAGCAACUGCUGGCGUCUCAGCCCUCAGCGGAGCACUUGCAUUAACUUCACCCCUCUGUCCCUCCCACAUCUCUUGUCUGGAAAAAUGUGUCUGAUCUCAACAAUUCCCCCCCCCCCCCAUUUAUUUCCCCUCUUCAUUCCCUACUCCGCCCCCCUUAUGGUUUUUCUGCGCCGCUGUCUCCCAGCAGCAGCUAACGCAGCAACAUCAGGACCAGCUGCAGUCCUACGCUGGCCACAUUUGCUCCAUCAACAGCCAUCAAGCCCUUCUUGGUGCUCAAGUACACUUGCAUUCAUGCUUCAGGGCUGCAGAAGAAGGUUGUUGGAAUUGCGCAGGAAGGAAAAGACAUGACAUGUCGUAUUUGGAUUCGACGUUCAUUAUUUCUGUAAUUGAUGGGCCAAAUACUACAUUUUUCAGUCACAAACUCACUUUUUUUCUGCAACCGUUCCACUUUUUUUUUUUUUUUUUUUUAAGUAGGGGUGGGACUGUAACACAUUCAUUGCGAUUAAUUAAUUACAAACAAAUUAGUUAGUUCAUAAAAUAGCAUUUUCAUCACGUUUUGUGUUCCCAACAAUGCUGAACCUUCGUCAGUGCGUGAUUUCCUGGUGCACUUUUCGUUGGAUAAACAAGUCAGGGCUUUGCUACCAAAAUGGAGGAAUUGGAUGAAAAAGCGUUGCUCGGACUGAUGGGAGGUCAAUUUCAUGAAAAGAAAAUACCCGAUGGAAGCCUUGAGAAGCGCGAUUUUGUGCAAAUUGCGCUAAAAGACGUUUUCAUACCGCCAAAGCGCUUCAACCCUCCGAUAUGAGAUCCGACUUUUCAACUGCCACACAGAAACCAUUUAAAGGCAAUAAUGUUUUUUAAAAAAUUAAUAAAAGAAAAAAAAAACUGUCCUAAAAUGGCCCUUUAACUUUAGCUCGGUUUAAUUCUGGACAGGGAUAUUUUCUAUUAGUUUUUCUACUGAUUUGUAUUGAAAUGCAAUUAAAUUCAUAUUUCCAGCGUUAACAAUAGUCCCGCCUGUGUCAAUUAUUUGAUACAGUCGUCCGCAAAAAUUCAUUUAAAUUAUGUUACAUGUUUAAUGUUGCUUUUUAGGACAAAUACUGUUAUACGAUUAAAAAAAUGUGAUUCAUCGACGUUAAUUACAAAGCCUCCAAUGAAUGAAUGAAUGAAUGAAUGAAUUUCUUGAAUGGAGUCCCACCCCUACUUUGUUUUUGGAUGUUUUUCAUCCAACCACGGUCUGGUCUUUCUGCUGCGUCACUCUCUCAGGGGCCUCCGCACGUUACCACACGCGUUUCCUCGCAAGACUGCAAACACAAACAAAGAGCGCACAGUAUGUUUUGUAAGAAAAACAAAAACAAAAAAAAAACAGAAUCCCUUCCACAGUAGCAGGUGCGUGUUUGGCAUCUGUCUGGCAUAAGAUAUCCCGCCCGUUUCCACGAUGGCCGCUCUGCCUUCCUUUGUGUGUCAUGGAGCCAAGUCUGGCUCAGUCGUCACUGAUGGCAGCCUGCUUGUGACUCUCCCCUCGCGGGGCAACCCGUGAUAGGGCUCACUUAAAAGGGCACAAAUGUCCACAGGAGAAACCACAAAGAAAUUGAAACGUUCAGAGGGACACGCGGAUCCACAUACCUGUGUGUGUGUGUGUGUGUGUCAACACGUGGAAGUGGUCAUCCUUGAAUGAGCCCCCCUAGCUGCAACUACCUCUCCAACACGCAGGACCUAAAUGGCCGACAGCAGUGGCCAAUAAAAAUCCACAAGAGUCAGGACCGGCCAAUCAGCCUCCACGCCCAAAGUGCCUGAGGCCAAGCAUUGAUUUUUAAAUUUUUGUUUUUGGUUUUAUUUUUGUUUUGUUUGACAUGUUUCCCUUUUCCUUUCUAUCACUCUGCUCUCGCUCAAUGCUGCUGUCAAUUAAACUGUGUUGCCAAGCCAACAGAUUAAGAAACACCAGGAAAAAGAAUUUGUGCUGUAUUCUUCAAUAUUAAAGCAAACUUUUGUGUUGUGCUGUUAAUUUAUUUAUGUAACGGGUGUAAGAUGAUUCUACCCUCCAAGUCCUCAGAUGUUGGUAUUUAACAUCACCUUGUACUACUGUGUAAAGUUUGUUUUCCUGUUUUUGGUUUCUUGUAAACCCUUUGAUUGACUUCUAUUCUGGCUCACGUGUUGAUAAUUUGAUGGUUGAUGAUGGGGAUUGUGUGACUGCAGCUGUUUAAUAAGGGGCGGGGGGCGGGGUCCACUUUUUACCUCUUUAAAUGUAAAUAGAUCUUCUUCGUCAUGGGCCGAGGGUGUACAUAAGCGUUUGUGCGAAGGAAAGCCAAUGAAGCCUCAGUUUGUAUGUGUGAUUUUCAGGGGUCAGAGCUGACAAUAAGGUUGGAGGUUUACUGGACACAAAGUAUUAAUUUAUUUUUGUAUGUGCAGGGACAUUGUGUUUCGUUUUUUUUUUUUUUUUUUUAAAGGUUUCUCACUGUUUUUCUUGACAUUUUAUACUCCAGUGCAGCGCGUUUUCAUCUGUGCACAAAAUGUUUGUAUCCGUUUGUACGAGUAACAAAAUAAUGGUGGGUGGGGAGCUGACAUUGUAUUUCAGAUCACAAAUUAAAGCAACAACUCUGGUUUAAGUCA